UUGGUGGAUACCAUUUUCAUAAUUGGCGUAUUUGCAGUGUGUUUCUAUUUCUAUGUAAGCGUGAUUUGAGUUUAAGGAAAAAGCCAAUAUAAACUAAAAAUAUUAUUUGUUAUUAAAAAAAUUGUAUUCUAAAUAAUUUUUGCCUUAGUGUUGUAAUAAGUGUUGAGUAAUUUAAUAUAAUAAAAAAUAAUAAUUUCUUUAAAAUGUCGCACAGCGAUCCAACGAGCAUUAGAGUAACUGUAAUUGUAAAUUUAGUAAUUAUAAUCAUUGGUGAGCUACAAUUCGUUGGUGCUGCGGGUAAGAAUACCGCGCUCUCCGAUGCGAAGUUAAAGGAGAUCGCGAAAAUACGUAGUGAACUCAAUGAGGCGCUUGGAAAUGAGGCGCAGAAUACGCCGGCAGCAAAGGGCGUAAUAGUGCAACCCACCUGGACGGCUAAGCAGGGUACAAAAACAACUCAGGCCGAUGUUAAAGUGGAGGUCACCCAGCAGCGGAUCGACGAAGUGAACGCUUUACGCGAAGAAAUUAACAAAAGUAAAGCACAACAAACGAAUAAUGAUCGUCAAGUCGAAGAACUCAUCAAAGAAUUCAGUACACAAGGCGCUGGACGCAUGGCGCUUGAAAAAGUCGUCGGUGCUGCGCAGUCCCAACCCAAUGAAGAAUUAGUUGGCGUCGCGGAAUCCAAUGAAUCUGAUAAUUUACCCAACGUUGUCGAGGCCAGCACGCAAGAUGUACAAGAUUUUGAUAUGCGUAAGCUGCAGCGGCUGGAAGUAUCUAAGCGGCGUGUACGGGAAACUUUGAUACUUAAAUCCAUCGAAGAAGACUUCAGUUUCAAUCUCGGCGAUGAUGUGCAGCAGUGGGCGCAUAUACUACACGAUGGUAAUGAGUAUUUCGUCGGACGUCGUGAGCGCAAUCUGUUGGUGGUGCAUAAGGAGAGCGCCCAUUAUCAGGCGGGUAGUGUGUUAGAAGUGGGUCAGCCGAUAAGCUAUCUGCUCACCUAUUCCUUUUGGAAUGAGGCAUAUGCGCAGACGGAAGGCAUUAUGCUGGUUGCGGCAGAGCAUCGUGUACUGUGGUAUCGUGUUAGUAAUGCAACGCGCAACAUUGAAUUUUACUGGCAGUGGGUGGUGGGCAAUACCAUCACUGGACUAACACAUUUUACAGUUGAAAGCAGAGACUAUUUGAUUGUGUCUACUAAUCAGUCUUCUCAUACUGGCUUUUAUACGUUGAAUAUCUACCAGUUUGAGCUCGGAUUGCGGGAGUUUUGGAUUGCGCAACGCAUGCAAUUGAAAUUCCCUUGCGCUGAAACCACACUGCUCGAUACAGGACGUGAUCUCAUACUCGCCGUGCCACAAAAUAACACGGCCGCCAUAUAUACCUUCAAUCCGCGCGCAGACAACACCGAUUACCUGCGCUUCAAACUCAAGCAGCACAUAGCUUCCGUAGAUGUGGAGUCUGUGGCCGGCUUUCGCAUGGGCGGACGUAGUUACAUCGCUGUUGGCGGCCAACAACCGCAGAUCUUACUCUACCAGCAAGGCGAGCUUGUGCCCAAAACAAUAUUGUCGCAUAAUUUCGGAGUCGUGCAAAUGUUCUUUCCUGUGCCGGUACGCACGUACCGCGACGAUCUCAUACUGCUCGUGCAACAUCGUGUGGACUUCAGCACACAUAGCCUUACCGUGCUGGAGACACUAAUUUGGGAUGGUGACGCUUUUACGGUCAGUAUACCGGUACCAUGUAAGUUUGGCGCGCACACAGUCUAUGGAGCCAGUUGCAUGUUGGACAUACAACGCGAUGCGGGGCUCAAAGGCGCCGCAUACUUUCGACGCGGCGCUGAAGUGUCAAUAAUUGUGCCGCGUAACAAUGCCGAAUCCGGACUGUUUCGUUUACGCACAGAGCUGUUGGCGAAAAACUCGGAGUACUUGGACUUGCAGGAGAUCUAUGCUUUCCUAAAGGAUUGGGUGCAGGAACAAGAUGAUUUAAUGGCACAAGCGAAAGCGUUCCUGCAAAUAACAGAGAACGGCGUUGCGCAGUCACAGCCCGAUCUCUCCGAACUGGAGGAGCUACAAACACCAGAAUUCAUGUUAGACGCCGGAGAAGUUGGCGAAAUCUAUGUAAAUGACUACCGCUGGACGGAUGAGGAUACUGAAAUCGAUCUAGAUCAGGUGAUAACAGCAAUAGAGCAAUUGGAGGCGGAGAUAAAUGUUGGACGUCACAGGCGGGAUGCGGAAACGGAUGCGCUUAACUUUCAGCAGCUGGAAUUCGAUAGUCUGGAAGUUGAUGAGCUCUUUGUUGAGCAACACAACGGUGUUGACUACUAUGUACAAGAUGGUGUGUUGGCAUUCGAUGGCGUACUGAAUGUGCAUGAUUUGAAAGUUUUGGAGCGUGUUAAUGCGGCUGAGCCACGUGCUGCUUUCGAGGAAGAUCUUGAAAUUGAAGAUGAGGAUGAGGAUGACGAAGUUAGUGACGUGGAAAAAGAUAACUUCGUCUUGGAAGGAGAUAUCGAGUUCGAGUCUAUCAAUGGCAUGUCAUGGCAGGAUAUACAAGAAAACAUGGUGCUUAUAAAUGAACCGGUGGAUUUAACACAACUCGAAGUAGAUGGGGAAGUACUACUGGAGAACAAAUUUUCGCUCAAUACGCUGAACUCACUGAGCUUUCCGGACGAUUUUCUCUGGACCAAUGGUCCUACAGUUAGUGUUGUGCGCGCAUCGAAGACAUUCAAAAGCAUGCUCAGCACAAAUACUAUGGAUGUGGAGGGUUUACUCAAUGGUUUAAAUGCGUCCAAAGCGAUUACAUUACGAGCUGAUCAGGAAUGGCGGGGCCUACCAACUUUUACUGAGCUCAAAGUUACAGAACUCCUGCAGCUAAAUGGCACAACGCGUGGACAUGAUAUUGAUAAUGUACCGCAUAAUCCCACUUUAAAGGACGCCAAGCAAGUGGAGGCCAUCUGCAGUUUCAAGGAACUACAUGUGCUCGGUAAGCUCAUACUGCAAAGAAACUACGAUGGUCAACCGUUAGCGCCACUACUCCGCGAUAUCGUGCAGCGUCCAGCUGAACCAGAAACCGUUAUCAAUGUGCGCGCUAAAAAGCGCUUUGCCGAGGUACAUAUGCCCAUAGACUUUGAGGUGUUGGAUGGCAAAGUGAAUGACAUACCGGUGACUGAGUUCGUAACGGCGCAUACGCAACAAGAUUUAUUUAUCCAAAGUAUGCAUGCUUACGUUUAUUUCUCUAACCUUACGCUUAGCGGUCGUUACGAUGGUGUAGACAUUGCUGAGUUCAUGCAGCACGCGCUUAAGAUCGAUGAGCCGCAGACGGCCUUGCAGACAAAUUUGACGUUUCAAAAUGCGCUGCAGGCGGAGACAGUGGCGGUAGUGAGCACUCUAAAUGGUUUGCCGAUCACUGAAAGCUAUCAAAGCAUUUAUGAGGAUAUGCAUAUACCCGUGGCACACUUUGAGCAACUAAGCGCUAAGGUGGCUGAUAUAGAAUGCGAUAUAAAUGGUGGCAAGAACGCGACAUCGAAUGCCAAUCAGUUCACAUACAGUCCAACUACUGAGCAGCCAAAACUCGGCGAUAUUUUUGUGGACGAACUCAAGCUCGCACAUGGACUAGAUACGGAUGAGAUUCAAGGCAUAAACGCGUCGUUGAUUUGGAGCUUUCUCGAUGAUAUCGAUGAGCUGCCGGAUAUGGUGUUGGAUGGUAAAGUCUUGGUGGAUCAUGUCAUUGUCACGGGUGAUGUGCACGUGCAUAAAUUGAAUCAGCAACGCUUCGAUGAGGAUCUGCAGUUGACUAUUAUUUGGUUGAAUCGUCCCAACUACUUGAGUAAUAGUCUCCAAUUUCUUGCACCGCUAAUCGUGCACGGUAAUCUGGAAGUUGAAGGCACUUACAAUGGCGUUGAACUGCCGGCAUUCAUCGAAGAUAUGGUGUUACGUGAAGCCGCUAACGGUACUACACAAAUACUGGCGCCGAAAAGUUUUACACAAAGCGUUCAGGUUCACGGCGAUACUUAUUUGGCCGCGCUGAAUGGCAUACAGUUUACGGACAUCGCGACGAAGAAAACAAUUUGCAACUUUCGCGGCUCCCUCCGACUCCUUGGUAAUCUGAUUGUGAACGAUUUGGAAAUAACGGGCGCUUUGAAUGCCCAACCGAUGUCGGUGUUUAGCAGCGCGUUACGUUUUGAUCCCGCAGCGCAAGCGUUUAUCGUGCAGGGUGUCGUAAACUUCAAUACGCCACAAGUGCAAUUGCAAGACCUUACCGUAUUUGGUGCGCUCAAUGAUAUGCCCAAACUGUCCCAUUUCUUCGACGAAUUGGUGUACAAGGAUAAAGCUUGUAUACUAAAGGGUCACAACACUUUCAGUGGACGUGUCUGCGUAGAUAAGGGCGCUUACAUACGCAACCUGAAUGGUUACAACUUGCUGGCGCUCUUCGAUAAUAUUGUCUAUGUGAAUGAACCGCAACCGGUGUACAUUAGGGCACCGCUAACUUUCAGAGGACCGGUGCGUACGCAAACGUUGAUGGUACACGAUGCGCUGGUGGCCUCUACGUUGAAUGGCUAUGCACUGCAGGAAUGGUUCACAGACACUUUACGUGUGGAUCGCCCACAGGAGAUAACUAAAUAUCUCACAUUUGCACCAGGCAGCUUGAAUGGCAAUAACUUCUACGCUAGUUAUCUGAAUGACAUUGAUCUGUCUCAAGUCGUCACGCUUCAUACAGCACAAAAUUUAACAGGCAACAUCACAUUCUCCGAACUCAACUUAAAUGGUCAGAUUCAUGUAAGAGGCGCGAUAAACGAUGUAGAUUUGCAGAAGGAAUACGAAAAUACUUUAAUGAAACAUGGCAACCAAGAAGUCCACACUCCGCUCACUCUCCAAUCAGCUUUGGUGCGAAAAGCUCUCAUAACAAAUGCGCCGAUAAACAACGACAAGGAUCUACAACAGGUGGCAACACUUUAUGGCGAACAACGCUUUGAGUCACCUCUCUACUUUGAGAAUGUGACAGCGAAGGCAUUGAAAACCAAAUAUCCUGUCUCUGGUAUAAAUAUGGAUAAAUGGUUUCAAAGCGCAUUGCGUGUGAGCGAUAAGCCACAACAAUUCAUCACAGGCAACUGGAGUGCGCGCGUGUUGACUGUAAACAUCGGACCCACACUACCUAGCUACAUGACUACUACGACAGGACGUCGCAGACCGCAUAACUUCGGCGCGUUACUGCGCAAUGCGCGAGAAGACACAGAUUACGUGGAUUUAUGUGAAAAGUUUAGAACUUUGUUGAAAAGUCAGCAGCAACGCGGUUACUACCUAAAAUACUUGGAGCGCGCGUUUGAAUUAGAUAUGCGCGCGAUCAGUAAAGAACAAAUGGCGGAAAAUUUAACUAUAAGAGCAGCGUUUAUGCUAGAAAAAGCUAGCGACAACUAUCUGCUCAUAAACACAGGUGAGCGCACUCAUGUGUUGCAAUGGAACGCGCAGUCUGCAAAGUAUGAAAGUGUUGUCGACUUUGUUGCGGGGCAGCUGGAUCAGGUUUUAGUGGUGGCGGUUGAUGAUACUACAGCAAUAGCGGACACAAUUGAGUUUGUAACUAAUAAAGCAGGCGACGAGGGUAUGCUCAAUUAUUGGCGUCUAACGGGUACUCAACUCAAUUUGCUGAAAACUUUCGAAAAAACAGCGACGGAUUUGUGGUAUUCUACACAUGCGCGCAGCAAAUUAUAUGCUGUACACGAUGAUACAGUGUAUGGUUAUUCAUUAAGUAAGAAUGCGCACAAAACAAUGUCCUGGCUGCUGCCUAAUUGGUUGGGCAACGCUAGCUACCGUUUUGUGCCGCAUCACUCGCAGGCGCUUAUGCUCAGCAAUGGUGAAGUGAUAUUGCUCUACAAUGAUGAUACCGAUGAUGAGGGUGAUGUUGAGUCUAAUGCAGACGCUUUGAAUACGCGCGAUAAACGCACGACGGUGCCGCGCUACAGUCUACCGCUCUACUAUCAGCGCGUGAUCAGUCCGCAGGCCAUCAAAUUGAGCGAAACGGUGCUCAAGCCGAAUGCUUCAGAGCCGCACAUUUACAGCUUUGCUGACUUCCGCAAUGUUAUCUUACAAGUACUCGAUGAUCUGGAUUACCGAUUGCGCCUCGAGGUGAAUAUCACACAGCUUAGCAUACCGGAAACAGAUUUGCAUGAUGAGCAUUUAGUGCAGGACUUCAUUGCCAUUAUGCAAGCGUUGAGCGAACAGCAAAUCUAUCCGAAUGCCAGCUUUGCGCAACUCGAGUGGCAUGUGCAUGAGUUGCCGGAAAAUCCGGCGCAGAUCUUAGCCGCGCGCACAGUACAAAUCUUAUGGCCGCACAUUGUGGAUAUGGCGGAAAUACAAAGUUAUCUGGCGACAAACGUCGACGGAGCGGAUAUGAUGGUUGCGACGAUUGUCGAUAAUUUGGGCACAACCGUGCGCGAUGUGCUCAUUUUGGCGAAUAGUAAAGAGCAAGUUGACGACUUGAUCGACUAUGAUGCAAUGGCAGCGCAUGCUUUGGAAUUAAGUUUAGUUAUUGAACGUGUGCGCGCGUUGCAGCGCUACUUGAGAAAUACCGCGCGCAUGCUCAGAAUCCAGCUGCUGCAGGAGACACUGGUAAGUACGACAAUAAUAGCGCCUAACGACGAAGAUGAUGAUGAUGAAUUUGAUAUGUCUGUAAGCGCCACAAGCGCUAACAAUGAAAUAGUGCAACGCGCCAUUGCGACGUCACCCGACUUUAGCGAGCUACACAUAGCUAAUGCUACUUGGUUGAAAUUUCAUAAUAAAAAUUUACCAGCGCUUGGCAAGGGUGAAAUUUUACCCAUCACAGUUUGGACGAAAGAAACACCGCUAGAAUUAUUAGCGGUCACUAUGCUGGCGCCGCAACUGGUGGGAACGCAUCAAGCGGAAAUAGUUUUGUACUUGGAUGUCUUGAGCGGCACGCGCUUUCAAACCAUAAAUGCGCGUCAGCCGCGUUCGCUCGUUACGCUACAAAUAGCAAGCGAAACGUUGUUGGUCUACGUUGAGGACUGUUGCAUGGUGCGUGUGCUGGUCUAUCGCGGCGUGCAGGGCUUCGUAGAGUUUACGCGCUUUAAAAGCGCCGCGGAAGUAUUGAAAAUAUUUCCGGUUAUGCUGCAGGGUAGCGAUGUUUUAGUCGCGCAGCCGCAUUUAGCCGUCGUGCAUGCCGAGCGUAUUACAUUCUAUCGCUUUGUGGGCGCAGGCGCACACUUGCGCGUACCCGCAAACUUUAUUUGCGCUUAAAUAAAAUUGGUAUAAUUAAUUUUUCUUCAUAUUAUGUAAAUAAAAGUUAAAACUAGUUUCAGUUUUGUUAAAAAUCGGCUAUUUUAUUCACUUAUCGUUUACUUAAAUAAUAAGACUCAUAUUCAAUUGACUCAGCUUAUAUACUAGAAACGCUUACAACUUUCUUAGCUUUAUUCAGUAUAAAUCUUCAUUUCAUUUCCAUUAUUUUGUUAUUUCUUUUUACCAAAUUUAAUAAUAAAUUAUACAAAUUAUGGGUGUCGAAGUGUGGACUGAAAUUAAAAUGA